CUCCCCUCGCCGCCGCCGCCGCCGCCGCCGCCGCCAGCAUCUGGGACCGGCCGAUUCUGCACCUCCGUCCGGCGCUGCCCUUUGAUUCGGAUUUCCAUCUUGCAUUCUCUGGCGGAUCGCGGGACCCGGCUCGUGCAGAGGAGGGGGGCCGAUCGCUAUGGAGUAUUUCAUGGUGCCCACUCAGAAGGUGCCCUCUUUGCAACAUUUCAGGAAAACAGAGAAAGAAGUGAUAGGAGGGCUCUGUAGCCUUGCCAACAUUCCACUGACCCCUGAGACUCAGCGGGACCAGGAGCGGCGGAUUCGGCGGGAGAUUGCCAACAGCAACGAGCGGAGGCGUAUGCAGAGCAUCAACGCGGGCUUCCAGUCCCUCAAGACCCUCAUCCCCCACACAGAUGGAGAGAAGCUCAGCAAGGCAGCCAUUCUCCAGCAGACAGCAGAGUACAUCUUCUCCCUGGAGCAGGAGAAGACCAGGCUGCUGCAGCAGAACACACAGCUCAAGCGCUUCAUCCAGGAGCUGAGCGGCUCGUCCCCCAAGCGACGGCGGGCGGAAGACAAGGACGAAGGCAUCGGCUCGCCGGACAUAUGGGAGGACGAGAAGGCGGAGGACCUGCGGCGGGAGAUGAUCGAGCUGCGGCAGCAGCUCGACAAGGAACGCUCGGUGCGGAUGAUGCUGGAGGAGCAGGUGCGGUCCCUCGAGGCCCACAUGUACCCGGAAAAGCUCAAGGUAAUCGCUCAGCAGGUGCAGCUGCAGCAGCAGCAGGAACAGGUGCGGCUGCUACACCAAGAGAAGCUAGAGCGGGAGCAGCAGCACCUGCGGAGCCAGCUCCUGCCCCCUCCGGCCCCCACCCACCAUCCCACGGUGAUUGUGCCGGCACCGCCUCCCCCUCCCUCCCACCAUAUCAACGUCGUCACCAUGGGCCCCUCCUCGGUCAUCAACUCCGUUUCCACAUCCCGGCAAAAUCUGGACACCAUCGUGCAGGCGAUCCAGCACAUCGAGGGGACCCAGGAGAAGCAGGAGCUGGAGGAGGAGCGGCGGCGAGCGGUCAUCGUGAAGCCUGUCCGCACCUGCCCAGAGGCCCACACCUCUGACACUGCCUCAGACUCAGAGGCCUCUGACAGCGACGCCAUGGACCAGAGCCGGGAGGAGCCGUCGGGGGAUGGGGAGCUUCCCUGACCACCCCCCCAGCCCUCCUCUCCCUUCUAGGGGCUGGAGGGGGCCGGGGCAGCAACAGGAAGAGACGUGGGUGAAUGAGUGAGAAAUUUUUACAAAAUUACAAUGUCAUUUGGGUCUCUUUUAUGACCUCUUUUUCAAUACUGUAAAUCCACCUUUGAACGAAGCCACCCAACCCGAGGUCCCGGAGCUGGGGUGGCCCAGAGUGUGUGGGAGAAUCGGGACCCCAGGGAUGGGCCUCGGCCCUGGGGGCUGGGGACGCUGACACUGAGGUGCCUGGCCUCUCUCCGCCAAAAAGCAUUUUUUCCUUUAAAUAUGUUUUUAGAAACAGGGAAAAUCAAAUAAAACCCCAAGGAAUUUCUUCCCUCCCCAGAGCCAGCCCUGCGACUGUCAGUCUUACUCCCCUUCCCUCUUUUUGGUUUUCUUCUUUCUCCUUUAAGCACUUACACGGGUUGGGGGUCAGGCUGCGCUGGGGCUUUCUGGGGGUCCGGGGGUCCACGUUGCUUCUCGGUUGGGGUUUGCUGCUGCCCUUCUCCCCUCCUGCUCCCCGUCUCAGCACUAGGAUUCGCCACUCUCCACCCCCGCCCCGUCCCACCCCUCCCUUCCCCAUCUUCCACCCCGAAAAUGUCUUUGUCUUUCUCUUUGUUUGUUGUUGGUUUUUUAUUUUUUUGGUUUUAUUUUUGGUUUCUGUUUUUGUUUUUUUUUUUACAAUUUUGAGGUCUUUGUGUUCAAGGAGAAGCUAUUAUAUUUUGUUAAGAAAGUGGGGGGAAAAAACCAAGAGGCCACUGUGCCUUUGUAAAGAAACAAAAUAAAGUUUGUACUUUGUU